CUCCUUGUGGGAGAGAAGCCUGCACGUCCUCUCCUUCUUCAUCAUCCUUCUUGCUCUCUCUCUCUCUUUCUCUGCCUCAAACCACUUGGUGGAUCCUCUCCUCAAGGAAGAGGGAAGAAGGAGAGGAGCAGCCAACCCCUUCAGCCCGGCCCAAUAGUCCAUAUCCUCUUCCUGCUCCCUGGUAAAACAUGGCUUACGACUUUGAACAGAAGCGGCGGAAGGAGAUGGCUGUUGCCGGCUCCUCCUCCAUCCUUCUCCUCCUCUUGGUGGUCGGUACGGUGGCCACCACCAUGUACCAGGCUGACGACAAUGUCGGUGCGGACACCGGGACAAUGCGAACCACCACCAGGUCGGUGAAGCUGAUGUGCGCCACCACCGACUACAAGGAGACCUGCGAGACGAGCCUCACCGGGAUCGUGAACACCACCGGCAUUUCCAGCCCCAAGGAUGUUCUCCGGGCUGCUGUCGUGGCGGUGAUCGACGAGAUUAGCAAGUCCUUCUCCCAAUCCAGACUCUUCAAAACCAACGACAGCCGGGUCCAGGAUGCAAUCGACGACUGCCGGGAGAUGUACCAGGAUUCCGAAGAGGAUCUCAAGAAGACGCUGAGCAAAAUCAUCGACACCAGCCUCGAGAGCCUCCCGGAGCAGACCCUCAGCCUGAAGAGCUGGCUGAGCGCCGUCUUCUUCUACCAGGAGACAUGCGUCGAUGGGUUCCCGGAUGGCGAGCUCAAGGACAAGAUGAGAAGUGCAAUGAAGACCUCCAAGGAGCUGACGAGCAAUGCGCUCGCCAUGAUGGGGCAGGUGUCCGACCUACUGAUGAUGUUCACCGUCCCGGAAUCCGGUCGCCGCCUCCUGUCGGUGGACGAGAGUCCGGUCAUGAAGCGAGGAUGCCCCUCGUGGGUUUCUCAAGGGGAUCGCAGGUUGCUCAGGGAGCACCUCAACGUCAAGCUCCUGCCCAAUGUAACGGUGGCACAGGAUGGAAGUGGGGAUUUCCGCACCAUCAAUGAAGCGAUCCAUAAAAUACCACCCAAAUACGAUGGAAGGUAUGUGAUCUACGUCAAGGAGGGGAUCUACGACGAGGCAGUGAAUUUGACAAGCAAGUAUGUGAACAUCACGAUGUACGGUGAUGGGCCUAAGAAGACCAUCGUAACAGGAAACAAGAACUUCGUCGACGGCACCAAGACUUCGCACACCGCCACAUUUGUUGCUUCCGGAGAGGGGUUCAUGGCCGUCGACAUGGGGUUCCGCAACACGGCCGGCCCGAGAAAGCACCAGGCGGUGGCCCUCCGGGUGCAAUCCGACCGGUCCAUCUUCAUCAACUGCCGAAUGGAGGGGUACCAAGACACCCUCUACGCCCAGUCCCACCGCCAGUUCUACCGCGGCUGCGUCAUCACCGGCACCAUCGACUUCGUCUUCGGCGACGCCUCCGCCGUCUUCCAGAACUGCCUCUUCCUCCUCCGCCGCCCCCUCGACAACCAGAAGAACAUCGUCACCGCCCACGGCCGCGCUUACAUCCACGAGAGCACCGGUUUCGUCAUCCAGCACUGCAAGAUCAAGGCCGACAGGAGCCUCCACAAGGUCGAGGACAAGGUGGAGAGCUACCUCGGCCGCCCCUGGAAGGAGUACUCCAGGACCAUCUUCAUGGAGAACCAGAUCAGUAGCUUCAUCCACCCGGCUGGUUACUUGCCCUGGGAUCGGGACUUCGCCCUCAAGACCCUCUACUACGCGGAGUACAACAACAGGGGCGAGGGCUCCAACGUCAAGGACCGAGUCAAGUGGCCGGGAUUCCAUGUCAUCGACCGGGGGACGGCAAAGAAUUUUACGGUUGCCAACUUCCUCGAGGGCGAGAGAUGGAUUCCCGACAGAGGAGCUACUGCUCUUAUGGAUCUAUACUAUCGCUGAUCGAUCUACCACUGGGGGGUUGUCUCGUUGGAGUCAGUACGUCAUGUAGCAUGAGCAAGUGAAGGAGAAACAACUCGACUUCUGCGUAGCCAAAUUGUUGGGUGGUCUUAGUUGAGAUGGUUCUGGCUGUCUGUUGUUUAAUCUUGAGAUUCACCUUCUU